AUGUUUUUACUCCCCACCAGUCAUUCCAACAAUUAUUGUCUCGAAGGGCGCCUUGUUGGGCAUACAAAUGCCAUCAAUUGCUUAGCGGUCUCUCGCAAUGGCUAUAUGUUAGCAAGUGGGGGAUCUGACAGAAUGAGGAUUUGGGACCUUAAAAGGCAAGCUCAGCUCCCAAUCCCACCUCAAACCCCAGCCAUUCAAAACCCAGCAGAUCUGGUAACUUGCACAUGUUGGAUUACCUGCCAUGAGGCAAUGCAGGAGACAUUAUGUUAUGGCACAGGACUCAGUUUCAUAGGAAUCUGGCAGCAGCAGGGGGAAGGUUUGCAGGACUUUGAUGCAAAAUAUCAAGGAGGGUUGGAACAGGGACCGUUGAUACUGAUUUUCAGCAUCAAGCUUGCUACUACCAUUCCACACACCAUAAAUUUCAACUGUGCUGCAAGUAGAAACAUAUUGGUCUUCAGCAUGUAUGAUGGAGAGAUACAUACACUUAGGGGCACAGAUGGUGCCAUCAUCACUACAAACAACGCUGGGCCAUUAAUUGGGCAUGCUUCUGUAGAUGCAGGCCAAACACUGUUCCUGAUGGACAAUGUUGUGAAUGGAUUCAGCUUACAUUGCCUGGAUGAUGCAGGAAUAGUCCAGCUAGUUAUCGCAAUGGGGAUAAUAGCGUGUGUCCUCGGGCAAUACAAAACAUUAUCAUUGGCAUCGCUGGGAAAUGUCUGGCAGGAAUAUUCAAAGUUCGGGGAUCAACUGCAGGACCUGCCAGAUGAUGUCCAUCUCUUACUAGAGAAAUAUAUCAAGGAUCAGAGGGGCGGAGUCCUUGAGAGGCUGGUGGAUAAUGGGAAACAUGACAAACACAUCAAGUCCAUCAUACUGGGACAUGAAAAGUUGCAUGAUGAUUCUAAGGACAUGCAUGCUGUGAUUCUUCUUGGAAGUUAG